AUGGACGACUCUGCGAGGGAGACUCUCGUAAGCGGAAAUGGAAGUGGAAAUGGAACUGUCGAUGGAAGCCGUGAAAAUCACCGAACAUCGCCGUCGAGCAGCGUAUUACGCUCGAAAUUCGAAUGCUUGCUGUCGGAGAGCAGCGACGACGAGGAUUCCCCGAUCUCGAAUGCUGCAGCGAACGCGAACCCUGGACCGGUCGCAGGCUCGGCCGAUUCGAGCGUUUCAAGGCCGAUUUCCGAGGAGCUGACCGAGGUUAUCUUGGCGGUAAUUUGGAGGAACAAUCGUUGGCUCGGCGCCGUGUGCUACGAUCUCGCAACGUCCGGACUCCACGCGAUGGAGGACACGUGCGACGACCCGGUGCACUUCGACGUGACGAAGGCGUUGUUCAGGCAGUGGAAGCCGCGCUACGUGGUGACGUUGGCCGGCUCGCCGACGGCGUUCGUGAACGCCGUGAAGAGAACGAUCGCGAGCGAAAGAGACGCCGAGCGGUCGACUUCGUUCGCCUCGGAGGACGCGGCGAGCGACGCGAUCCUGAAGCUGGUCGGUAAGAAAGAGCACAGCUUCGAGCGGUGCUCGUACAGAGUCGGCUGCCUUCGACUGGCGUCGGAGCCGAGGGACGCGAGCAGCGCCGACCGGCUCACCUUCCUCAACAGCAUUCUAAACUUCAACUGCGCCGCCAUGAUCCACGCGCUCGGGGUGCUGCUGCUCUUCGUCGACAGACACUGGAACGCGAUGGCUCUCGAUCCCUCCGGCAGACCCGCUUUCCUCACUCUCGAGCACAUGGCGCUGCAAAAUCUGAUGACGAUGAACGACGACGCGUUCCGAGCCCUGAACAUCGUGCGAUCCAGGGAUCAUCCGAGUCUGUUCAAGUUCGGCGAAACGAGCGCGAAAACCGGCGCCGCGAGCCUCUUCUCCCUGUUCAAGCGUUACUGUCGCUCGAGGCCCGGCGCGCAGUUUCUCUGGAAAACGAUGCAGCAUCCGUCGCGCGACGUCGACCUGCUCCGCAAUAGAUUGGACGCGGUCGAAUACCUUCUGAACCCGAGCAACCACACCUUGGUCGAGAACUUGUCGGCGUGCUUGAGCAACGUGGACCGGCUGACGAGCGCGGUGCUCGCCUGCUGCUCGGGACCGCGAGCGAAACCGUCCAAUUGGUACAAACUGCACAAGACCGUCUCGAACGCGAUCCGCAUCGCCGACCUGUGCGAGGAGCACGCGGGCCGCGUCGAGAUCUUCGAGUCCGUCGCGGGCACCGGGACCAACGAGAUGCGAUACGUCAAGUAUUUCGUCGAGUACAUCGUGGACUUUGCGGCGAGCAGGCGGGAGGGAAAGCUCGUGGUCAGGCCGAACGUGGACCCCUUGCUCGACGAACGUGAGCGAUACGUCGUCGUUUCUUUCGAGUUCACCGCUUCUUCUCGAUCCUGUCUCCUCCCCCUGUUCUCUCUGUUCGCAGUGAAUCACGUGCGACGCACUCUGCCCGAGCUGCUCACGCGAAUGGCGGCGAAAGACAUGAGGGAACAUCUGCCGGCUUCGGUGACGGGCUGCAACAUGGUCUACUUGCCGAGCAUCGGCUACGUGCUGGCCAUCAACAAAUGGAAUCCGACUCCGCCGGACGACGCGGAAAUCCCGAACUUGGAGUUCAAAUUCAGCGUGAAAGACGUGCACUAUUACAAGAGCUUUUCGGCGAGAGAACUGGACGAGACCGUGGGGGACGUGAUACUGAAGAUAUCGAUCCGCCAGAAUCACAUCGUGCAGAAGCUGUGGCGAUACGCGACGAAGCAAGCGCGUUUCAUCGCGCGAGCGAUCGAACGAUGCGCGGAACUCGACACGUUGAUCGCGUUCGCGAGGGUAGCGCGCGACUACGAUUACGCGAAGCCGACCAUAACCCGGUCGAAGAUCAUCGACGCGAAGGAAACGCGACACCCGCUGUUCGAAUUCUCGACGGCGUGCGUCCCGAACGACGUGCGAUCCGGAAACGGUGGAAGCCUGGUCAAGGUUUUAACAGGGCCGAACUCUUGCGGCAAGAGCGUCUAUCUGAAACAGAUCGGACUGUUGAUAUUCAUGGCGCACAUCGGUUCGUACGUGGCCGCCAAAUCGGCCACGAUAGGAAUAGUCGAUCGUCUCUCGACUCAAAUGUCGAACGCGGAGAGCGUCGGCUUGUACGCGAGCUCCUUCUUGCAGAAUCUUCGACAGAUCAACGUGGCUAUUCGCGCGUCCACUUCCGACUCCGUGGUGCUGAUGGACGAGCUGGAGAGAGGGACGACGGAAUCGAGCGGACGCUCGCUGGUAGCAGCGGUGCUCGACGAAUUCGCUAAAAGGAAGCAACGGUGCCCGCACGUUUUCGCGGCGACGCACGCGCACGCGGUAGUCGAGAUGCUUCCACGAACGGCGUCGAUCGAACCUCAGACGUUCGAGUACGUCGUCGACCAGGACCAAUCCUUGGCGUUUCUUUACCGGCUGAUCGGCGGCAGCGCGUCGCGCAGUUUCGCCCACUUCGCGGCCAGGUUCGCCGAGCUGGACGAGAGCAUCGUCGAUCGAAGUUUGGAGGUGUACGAGUCGAUCGGGAGCAGCGUUCUGCCGUCGCGGAUCGGCCGACGUUGGGACGCAUUGCAUCGCGUCGCGCAACUCUGCGAGGCCGGACAGGACGUGGUUCAGGAGCGGCUGAAAUCCUUGAUCGACAUAAUUAUGACUUCCAAGUAGACGGAACGCGUUGAAACUAAUUUUUACGUUUCGCUGAAAGCUACAUCGUAAAACGUAUUUUCGUUUCCUGGCAUUGGUUCGUCGAGUCGUUGCUACUUUACAGUUUCUUUUAUUUUCUCGUCGAAUCUCGCGUACGAAUACAAAAGUCCAGUUCUGUUCGUGUAGCUUGUAAAAUUAAAUUGUAAAAAAGAGUGUUGAAUUAAUCGUGAAAGCGUGUUACAGAAUAGACGCCACGAGUUUCGGUUUUGUACA